AUGUCCGAGCCGUCCUGUAUCAGGGCCUUCAUAAUCAUCAUCGGCGCUAUGAUGUGCCUGCGCAACAUCGACGACCACCCUCACUCCGACUCCUCUUCCGGCUACUCCUCCGACGACACUAGCCACACGCACCACCUGGGUCAACCGCACCACCAUCAUCAUUCGUCCUCACACCACCACGAAGACCACAUCCCGUACGCUCCCCGCCUCAUCUCUCGGCACAUCGCCUGA